GUGUCUCCAGGAAGCCACCGUCUUACGUCAUUCCCAAACAGGAUCUGUUUAACGAUGUUUAUGUUGGUUUGAUUUUAUUCGGAGUUCUAGAAAAACACAUUUAUAUCUGAAUAACCAGUUAAUUAAACUGCAGCAGUAUGUCACAGGAUUUAUGGUUACAGAAUUAUGAUGCAGCAUGUCGACUGGCUCAAGAAAUUGCAGAAAACAUCCAUGAACGAAACAGACAGCAGAGGACUGGAGGAAACCCAGCUAAGCUCAACAUGACCCUGAGAGCAUCAUUACAGAAGCUCAAACAGAAUGUAGAACAGCUCAGAGAGACUUUGAUUCGAGCUGCUGCUCAACGGCAUAUAAUGCAAGCUGAAGCAGACAGAAGACAAAACCUUGUUGAUGAUCUCGCUACCAGAGAAAAGAUGCUGAAUGGCUCCUUCAAAGGAAAUGUCACAGAAUGCGAGACAUUAAGGUCAACCCUGAUGACAGGUGGAAAUGGGGCGGGGCCAGCCGUGAACCCUUGGCUGGUUAAUGAGUCCGAGGAGACCAGAGGACUCAGCUUUGGAGAAAUUAAAAAACAACAGCAGCAGAUUAUCGAAGCUCAAGAUGCUGGCCUAGAUGCUCUUGCUACUGUCAUUAGCAGACAAAAACACAUGGGCCAGGAGAUCGACAAUGAGCUAGAUGAACAUAACGAGAUCAUUGAUGACCUCACACAGCUUGUGGACAAGACGGACAGCCGCAUCAGAAACGAGACUCACAGAAUCAAGCUGGUGGAUACCAAGUCUGCUUCCUGUGGGAUGCUGGUGGUGAUUGUGCUUUUGCUGGUUGCCAUCAUUGUUGUGGCAGUUUGGCCAAUGAGCUAAUGAAGAGGAUGCUUCUGAUGAGAAAACCGCACAAAUACGGACUUCAAAGACUGUUAAAAAAAUGUGUGUGGUGAAUUGAGGAUAUGCAGCUUCCAAGCAGAAUUUAUAUGUAAACAUCUACCUCCAAACCCCUCUCUUUUCUCUUUUGCAUUUACUGUAUUAAAGUAAUAGAAGCCUUGACGUUGAUAAAGCCAAGGAAUGGACCACUAUGAAGAACUUGGGCCAUAAAUUCUUAGUUCCUCAGAUAAAGAUCAAAGUAGGUUUUUCAAUGGAAAGAAAAAUAGAAAAAGGCUUUCAAAGGUUUUGAAUGUUAUUAUGAAUAUAACCACGAGCUUGAGAUGCUUCAAGGGGGGAAAACAUAUUUAAAUUCUUUAUUUGGCAGUGAAGAAAAUUAUCCAUAUCCAAUAUGGAAACAAGUUCUUGGAGUCACAAAGCAAUACAGUGUCCUGAGUUCUGCUGCUUGGGUUAUUAUAUGAUCUCUGUUAUUGUACCACCUCAUUAAUACAUUCAUUAAUAGCUUCUCUUUGGUUUUCUGUCGAACUACAUUACAGUUCUUGUUUUGUAAUAAUAAAAACAAAUUCUAGAUUGUGUCACUAACUCUUUUCUGUGAAUUGUUUCUGGCUUGAUAAUGUGAAUUCUAAUAAAUGCACAAUUAACAACCUGAUUUCAGCUGUUUUGCCUUGUUUGUUUUAUAAUAAAAGCUUGCCAUUUAAUUUAUAAUUAUUUUUACUUAAUUUAAAUGCUGAUGAUAUUUAUGAUGUUUUGAUAACAUUUUAUGA